UUGAAAUGACACGCCAGUCCCUCGUCGGGCACGCGCCUCCUCGGGCACCAGCAGUACAUAAAGUGAUCUGCGCGAGCGCGGAGCUCAGCAGUGAACCGCAGAGUUCAGCGCAGCUCUGAGGUGAACAUGAGGGCCGCGCGGGAGCGCAUGAGGUGAUGCGCCCUGCGGGACUCGGCUCGGGUGUGUUACCGGAGAGGAUGGCGGAACUGUGGAGCCACAACAGCUCGUCCUCGUGGAACCGCUCCGCCGCGGGACAGGACCGCUUCAGCAGCGUGGAUGACAUCGACAUGCCGGCGGACGGCUCCUCGGCGCUGCGCAUCCUCAUCUCCAUCGUGUACUCUGUGGUGUGCGCCGCAGGGCUGGUCGGGAACCUGCUCGUGUUCUUCCUGAUGAAAGCGCGCCGCGGCCGGAAGAAGCGCUCCAGCAUCAACUUGUUCAUCCUCAACCUGGCCGUCACGGACUUCCAGUUCGUGCUCACUCUGCCCUUCUGGGCGGUGGACACGGCUCUGGACUUCAGCUGGCCGUUUGGGAACGCCAUGUGCAAGAUCAUCCUCUCCGUGACGGUGAUGAACAUGUACGCCAGCGUGUUCUUCCUCACCGCCAUGAGUGUCACCCGGUACUGGUCGGUGGCCUCCGCGCUAAAGGACCGGACCCGGAGGCGCGUGUGCCCGGUGCGCUGGGUGAUCGCCGGGCUCUGGGUCUCCGCCACGGUGGCCUCUUUGCCCACCGCUGUGUUCUCCACGGUGAAGAGCGUGGCCGGGGAGAGGCUGUGCCUGCUGGGCUUCCCGGACGGACAGUCGUGGCUCGCGCUGUACCACCUGCAGAAGAUCCUGGUGGCCUUCGUGUUCCCCAUGCUCAUCGUCAGCGUGUGCUACCUGCUGCUGCUGCGCUUCGUCCGUCUGCGCAGCAUGAACAACAACCAGGUGAAGCGCAGGUCCAGAGUGACUCGCUCCGUCACCAUCGUCGUGCUCUCCUUCUUCAUCUGCUGGAUGCCCAACCACGCCAUCACCUUCUGGGGCGUGCUGGUGAAAUUCAACCUGGUAAACUGGGACAAGACGUACUACAUGGUGCACACAUACGUGCACCCGGUGACAGUGUGCCUGGCGCACACCAACAGCUGCCUGAACCCGGUGCUGUACUGCCUCAUGCGCCGGGAGUUCCGGAAGAAGAUGAAGGAUCUGUUCUGGAGGAUUUCCUCCCCCACCGGGGCGAACACCUGCCACCUGCGGCCGUUCUCCGGGACGGUGCGCGCGGAGCCGGACGACACUCAGAUAGUCAUCCCGCUGAACAACGUGGAGACGGAGAACUGCAGACUUUCGGUUUUAACGGACCAGUGCGACACGGACGCGCUGCAGAAGUAAAACCAGACUUUAGAACUAAAAGACAAAAAGAAAAUCUUCUGAAUGAAGACUGAUAGACAUUUUAAAGUGGAGUUUUUACACUGCAGGAUCCAACACCAGUAUAAAACCAAUAAAGGACUCGGACAAAUCACCACAGAUGGCGCAUUACAUGUGCAUUAAAGGGAUUGUAUAUAUUGCCAUCGCAAUGUAAAAGUGUGAAACAUAAAAGGAGAGAAAUAACAAUCGCGCGUAAAUUGCGCACAAGGAGACGCGGUGCGUAAAACCAUCCAGCUGCGUGUGUGCUUCAGCUGAAGUCCCACCACAGUAAUGCUCACGUUGUUUUGGGAAGCUGACGUGUGUUUUUUUGUAAAUGGAGUUCAAUGCUGCUGCUUCUCUAAAGUGCUCGUGCAGAGGAGUCUCGUGCAGCAUUCUGCUGCUGUGGAAUAUUAUCGUUUGUUGUUGCUGGUGUGUAAAAUGUUUGAGCUUCAGUGAAUGUAUUAAAGAAAAGCUGCCAAUGCAACCUUUAAAACAAUGUUUGGAGAAUAAAAUACUUAAUUCUU